ACUCGGCACAUGUCCCUCGUCAGCCAGAACAAGUGCGCAUUCAGCAAGAUCAACACCUUUUUCCAAUCAGGAGACUUGCCUAGCAAAAGCAAUUAUUAUCCUCUCGAGGCGGGGCCAUGGAACAUUAUUCUCUCGGGAUCAUUGGACAAAAGAGCCGAGCUGAGGGAAAUUCGAGACAGUUUCAAGAAGUUGAGGGGAAGAUAA